AUGACUACUCUUAGUGUACUCGCGUUUGAUGCAGAGGGCCGUCCGAUACAGUUCGACGCGUGGCUAGAUGACCUUCAGCUGUACUUACUGGGCGACUCUAGGGACGGUGUCUCGCUGUUUGACCUCACGUCUGGUGCCUCUCUCGCCCCUCCCGACACAUCUGACAGUGCGACUCGCUCGCAGUGGCUUACCUGUGACGCUGCUGCUCGCCUAGCCGUUCGCAACAACCUGCCGUUAGCCGAACGCACUCACUUUCACCAGCACAAGACUGCUAGAGCCCUGUACGACACUGUAGUUGCUUGCUACUCCUCCCCGGCUACUGCUGCUCUAGGCGGCCUCAUAUUGCCCUACCUGUUCCCCGAGCUAUCCACCUUUGCCACAGGGUGUUCCCCCUCCCCCCUUGUCCCCUCCGUCGCUUCUACUUCUACUGCUGACUUCCUUCGUGCUGAGGAGGUCGGAGCUGUGUCUGCUCCUAGUGGGAGGCGUCGCAGCGGCAGGGGCAAGGGAGGUCAGGAUGGUGGGGGUGGCAGCGGUGGAGGCGGUGGUGGAGGCGGUGGAGGCGGUGGAGCUGGCGGUAGUGGCGGUGGGAGUGGUGGUGGGGGUGGAGGCGUUGGUGGCGGCAGUGGUAGCGGCAGUGGGGGUGGCCGCGGCGGCAGUGGUGGCGGCAGUAGAAGUGGUGGCGGGAGCAGUGGUGACGGCAAUGGGAGUGGUGGCAGGAGCAGUGGUGGCAGCCGGGGUGGAGCUGUACAGAGGGGCGGACCUAGCAGGGGCCCGCGGCAGCAGCAAAAGCAGCGUCCCAGUGAGACCCCUUCCUCCCAGCAGCUUCGUGAGUGGUUUGAUCAGUGUGGGACGUUUGGGGGUACUGGUCGCUGCCUGUAUGUCAUUCGCACAGGUGCCCGCACUGGUCAGACAUGCGGGAAGCUUCACACCUAG